AUGGCGCAGAAUAACCGCGCCUUCGCGCUCUUCUGUAUUUCUCUUUUCCUCUGCACUUCCCUCUCGUCCGCCUUUUCCUCCCUUGGCGAUCGUCGACUCACCUCACGCGAGCGAAUCCUUCGCGACGGAGCGCUGCUUGCCGACCGAAGCCACUCCGUCAUCUUCAAGAAAGGCUCAUCGAGCGACAAUUCCGUCAAUUCUGCCGGCAGCGGAGCAGACACCCGACGUAAUCUAAAUGGCGGUCCGGUGACGUCGUUCGCGAUUGCCAACGGCAUCUCGCGGGGCAGUCUCAUCCAGAGCGGCUUCGACGACGCCGCGAGCGAUCGCUCCGAGUCGUCCAGCGAUCGCUUUCAGUCGCAUGGCGAACAAUUCAGAGAUCCGAGCGAUCAGUUCGAGGCGCCUUCGCUCACCAUUUUCUGCGCUCCGAAACCCUACUCAUCCAUCGUGGACCCCUCAGACCCAAACCCCGACUCGCAGCGGCGCGCUUUGCUCUCCUGGCUGCGCCUCUCCCCACCUCCGAAAGUCGUCCUUUUCGGCAACGACACGUCGUUCCACGAGCUCGCGCGUCGGUUUCCCGAGCAAAUCUCCGUCGAGCCGCUGAUCGACAGCAAUUUCUACGGCGUGCCGCAGUUUCACAGCAUGGUGGCGCGCGCUCAGGCCGCGUCGACCGACAUUUCGAUGAUCAUCAACGGCGAUAUCAUCCUCCUAAAUGACGUCAUGCUCGCGUUGCAGAAGACGCACGGAACCUUCCAGCACUGGGUGAUGACAGCGGCGCGGUGGGACAUGCCGGGAGAUUUCCCGUACUCGUUCGAGCCGCACAUGUGGGGGCAGCGGGGGCUGGCUCGCGGGCGCAGCCACGCGGCGAUGGAGGAAGAAAUCCGCGGGUUUGUACGCGAAAUAGGCACGCUGCACACGUACGGUGGGGUGGACUUUUGGGCGUGGAACAACGACUCACCCGCGCCGCUGUUCGACGGGGUUAUGCCGCCGUUUUCGUUCGGGCGCGGGAAGUACGACAACUGGUUCACGCACGAGAUCGUGGCGGCUGGGCGGCGGACCAUGGUCGACGCCAGCGAGGCAGUCACGGCGAUCCACGUGGCGCAUUCUUACUCGCACGUGGUAGAAUCAGCCUCGACCAAGAGCAUCGGCGGGAAGGACGGAAACGGUAACGAAAACGGUAACGGAAUAGCAGCAGGGAAGAACUUUUGGAGCACGCGAAAGAAGAGCAGCUGGGAGCUGUUCGGAAACAUCCACAUGGCCAUGACACAUGGUUCAUACGCCAAUCAGAAGGGCACCGCGCUGCACGUGCCCUGGAAGCUCGCCACGUGUCACGAGCCCUCCGUGCACAACAUGUGCCUGCAGCAGCGCCUUCGCCCCGCCACGUGUAGCUGCGAAUCCGCAAAUUUCGUUAAAUCCAGCCAGACCGACCCGAAGCUGGAUAAGACGGGCAGGAAAUGGACAUGUGGCAGCGUGUCAGUGGACAGGAAUUCGGAUUACAGUAUCCCCACUCUUCCUCCUCCUUCACCCGCCUCCUCCCCUGUAGGCCUCCCACACACCAUGGAACAGCUACUGCCCACAAUUGCUCGGAGCGUCCCAGACGGGCGGGGGGGGGAGCUACAGGUGGUAACCCUAGUGGCGGUAACCGCGGGGUACGCGGAGAUGCUGAUGAGCUUCGUGUGCCGCCUGCGCUCCCUCGGCCUCGCCUCCAACCUCCUCGUUGCCGCGCUGGACGAGGACUUGUACCGAUUCGCCUUCACUCAGGGCCUGCCCGUGUACUAUGAGCAAGUCAGCCAAGGACUGAAGGGGGUGGAUUCAAAGGACUGUGCCUUUGGCAGCCAGUGCUUCAGGCAGUUCACUAAGCUGAAAUCGCGGGCUGUGCUUCGGGUGCUCAAGGCGGGGUAUUCUGUGCUCUGGACAGACGUCGACAUUGUCUGGUUCACCGAUCCUCUCCCGGACCUGCUCUCGUAUGGCCCGGAAACUUUCCCGAUCCAGAGCAAUGAGCCAAACGUGACUCUGCCUGGGACUGGCAUUCGGCGAAUUAAUUCUGGGUUUUACUUCGCUCGGGCAGAUAAAAAGACGGUGGCGGCAUUUGAGGCGAUCACUGCGCAUGCAGCCACUACGAGACUGUCAGAGCAGCCGAGUUUCUAUGAUAUCCUGUGCGGGGUGAAGGGUGAGAAUGUCGUGGAAGGGAAGGAGGAGUGUGUGUGGAAAAACGGCCUUCGCACUAUCUUCCUUGAUAGGGUGGUGUAUGCGAAUGGUGCUGCGCAUGGGUUUUGGGACGAGGAGGAUGUGGAGGGGGCCUGCAGGAGAAAGGGGUGCACUAUUUUACACAACAACUGGAUUGCUGGGAAGGAUGCCAAGAAGCAGCGGUUUGUGGUGAACUCGUUCUGGCACUAUGAUGCCGAGAAGAGAAUGUGCAUGUGGAGAUGGCACAGUGGCGCAUCUCACAAACGUAUCGAGGCCACUUACAUGAUGGUGCCAGUGAAACCAGCCAGCCCAGCAUUCAAAAUGGGCGGAAACGCGCCCCACAAAUUCUUAAUCCUAGCAGCAGUCACCCUUGCUGUCACAAUGGUGUUAAUCACUUUCCUCCUUCCUGUCGCGACCGCCGCGGUUAACAAGCACUCUCAAUACAAGCACAUUCAACAACGGCAAGCGCAGCAGGAAGGGCAGCAGCGGCAGCGCCCUUUCCUCACCAUCUUCACCGCGCCCAAGCCCUACACGUCCAUCCUCGACCCGUCCUCCCCGCACGCCGACCCGCAGCGGCGCGCGCUGCUCUCGUGGCUGCGCCUCCGCCCGUCCCCCAAGAUCGUCCUGCUGGGGAACGACUCUUCUUUCCACGCGCUCGCGCGGCAGUUCCCCGCGCACGUAACGGUCGAAUCGUCCAUCGAUACGAAUUUCUACGGCGUGCCGCAGGUUCACAGCGUCGUCGCGCGCGCUCAAGCCGCGGACACGCCCGUCUCGAUGGUGAUCAACGCGGAUAUUAUUCUAAUGAAUGACGUCAUGGCUGCGAUGCGGAAGGUUCACGAGAACUUUCGCCACUGGGUGAUGACCGCGGCGCGGUGGGACAUGCCCGAGGAGUUUCCGUACUCGUUCGAGCGGGAAAUGUGGGCGGGGCGAGGACACCGGGAACAUGAAACGACGAUUCGCGAAUUCGUACGUACGCACGGGACGCUGCACACGUACGGCGGGGUCGACUUCUGGGCGUGGAACAACGACGACCGUACGCCGGUUCCGCUGGUGAGAGGAACCGUACCGCCGUUUUCGUACGGCCGCGGCAAGUACGACAACUGGCUGACGCACGAGAUCAUCUCGUCCGGAUUACGCGAAAUCGUCGACGCCAGCGAGUCCGUUACAGCCGUACACGUGGCGCACUCCUAUUCCCACGUGAUGGAGUCGGCGUUCACGAAAAACGCGGCGGGAUUGGCGGGAAAGAGCUUCUGGAGCACGAGGAUGAACAGUAGCUGGGAGCUUUUCGCGAAUAUCCACCUGGCGCAUACACACGGGACGUACGCCAAUCAGAAAGGGACACCUCUGCACGUGCCUAUCAAGCUGAUGAACUGCCUAGAAGCUUCGGCCAACUUCCUGUGUCUGCAGCGCCGCCUGCGCCCAGCAGCGUGCUCCUGCGAGUAUUCCUCCGCCGUCGCCGCCUCUCAGACGGACCCCCGCAUGAACGCAAAGACGAACCAGUGGACGGUCCCCGAUGGGCGGGGGGGAGAGUUACAGGUGGUAACCCUAGUGGCGGUAACCGCGGGGUACGCGGAGAUGCUGAUGAGCUUCGUGUGCCGCCUGCGCUCCCUCGGCCUCGCCUCCAACCUCCUCGUUGCCGCGCUUGACGAGGACUUGUACCGAUUCGCCUUCACUCAGGGCCUGCCCGUGUACUAUGAGCAGGCAAGUGAGGAGGUGAAGCACAUGCGCGCCUCAGAGUGUGGUUACGGCAGCCAGUGCUUCCGCCACUUCACCAAGCUCAAGUCUCGCUCCGUGCUCAAAGUCCUCAAUGCCGGCUACUCUGUUCUCUGGACAGACGUAGACAUUGUCUGGUUCACCGACCCUCUCCCGGACCUGCUCUCGUUCGGCCCGGGAACGCUGCCGAUCCAGAGCAACGAGCCGGACGCGAAUCUUCCCGGAACUGGCGUUCGGAGGAUCAACUCAGGGUUUUAUUUCGCCCGAGCAGACCGGAAAACGGUCGAGGCGUUUGAGGCGAUCACUGCGCACGCAGCAGCAACGAAAUUGUCUGAACAGCCAAGCUUCUAUGAUGUUCUCUGUGGGGAGGCAGGCGAGCUAGUAGCCGCAGGGAGGGAGGAGUGCGUAUGGAAAAAUGGGCUGCGAACGGUCUUUCUCGACAGAGCUAGGUACCCUAACGGGGCUGUUCACGGGUUGUGGGAGCAGAAAAAUGUUCACAGGGCGUGUGCAAAGGUGGGGUGCUCCAUUCUGCAUAAUAACUGGAUAUCUGGGAGGGAGGAGAAGAUGAGGCGGUUUUUGGCAAACGACAUGUGGCAUUAUGAUGCAGACAGGCGCAUGUGCGUGUGGGAGUGGCAUGGGAAGGUUCCGGAACUGGUGAGGCAAGUGGGAGGAGAGGGGGGUGGAGGAGAGCUAAAUGGGGGGGCUGUUGGGAAAGGGCAAAGGAGAGGUAAUGGGAAGGGAAUUGAGAACAAGAGGCUCCACCAAAAGCAAUCGACGUAA